GCAGGAGGGGGGAGGUUGGGGGUAGAUUGUGAUGCUGAGGGGACUGGGUAUUGCGGCGCCGGUGGUCAGUCAGCAGAGGUCGACGGAGUGGGAUUGAGUACCGGAGAGGUAUGCCGGUGAGGGAUGUAUGCCUGAUGUUCGAUGAUGCAAUGGUUGGCGUGUGCUUCUCAUCUUUCUCUUCUACUCUUUCUUUCCCUUUGGUUCUUCUUUCCUUUCACCGUCCCUGUAGACAUGAGGACCGUGAGGUUGUGGAUGUGGAGCCUGUGUGUUUUUUCCUUCUCUCGUAUGUGACCAGCGUUGGAGAUGAUCUCGGCUAUGGCGCUUCGAUUGAGGUGUUGUUCUGUCCUUUCCUCCAGUUACACUACAAUGGUGGAGUUUCUUGGUUACCUAUGGUGUUUGCGUAUAGAAAGGGGUCAGGAUCAAUUUGUUUGGCGCAACCUGUUGGAAUACCAUGGCUUGGACAUUCCCCCGAAGAAGGAUCAUUGUUCCAUGUGUCUUGCAAUACUAGCAACGUCCAACCCAUUUCUCUCGUUCCAGGUGUUGAGGUUGUGCAUUAUCACCGUUUUCAAGGGAACACAGUUCAAUGGAGUCAUGGACUGUCUCUGUGGCUUGGAUCGGCGAUUUUACGGCAGAGUCACGAACAGAACAAUCAUACUCCGUACGGCUACCUCAAAUCGAACUGCUGAUGCUCCUCCGAGG